AUGAGGAAGCAUCGGCAUUUGCCUUUAGUGGCCAUCUUUUGCCUUUUUUUCUCAGGCUUUUCCUUUACUCGUGCACAGCAACAAGCAGAUGUCAAAAAUGGUGCUGCUGCCGAUAUAAUAUUUCUAGUGGAUUCCUUUUGGAGCAUUGGAAAGGAACAUUUCCAACUUGUUCAAGAGUUUCUAUAUGAUGUUAUAAAAUCUUUAGCUGUGGGAGAAAACGAUUUCCGUUUUGCUCUGGUCUGGUUCAACGGCAGCCCAGAUACCGAGUUCCUGUUAAAUACGUAUCGUUCUAAACAAGAAGUCCUCUCCCAUGUUUCCAACAUGUCUUAUACUGGGGGAAGCAAUCAGACUGGAAAAGGAUUAGAAUACGUAAUGCAAAAUCACCUCACUGAGGCUGCCGGAAGCCGGGCCAGUGAUGGAGUCCCUCAGGUUAUUGUAAUGUUAACUGAUGGACACUCGAAGGAUGCCCUUGCUCUGCCUUCAGCGGAACUUAAAUCUGCUGAUGUUAACGUGUUUGCAAUUGGAGUUGAGGAUGCAGAUGAAGGAGCGUUAAAAGAAACAGCAAGUGAACCGCUCAAUAUGCAUAUUUUCAACCUAGAGAAUUUUACCUCACUUCAUGACAUAGUAGGAAACUUAGUGGCCUGUGUGCAUUCAUCCAUGACUCCAGAAAGGGCUGGAGGCACAGAGACCCUUAAAGACAUCACAGCACAAGACUCUGCUGACAUUAUUUUCCUAAUUGAUGGAUCAAACAACACCGGAAGUGUCAAUUUCGCAGUCAUUCGCGACUUCCUUGUAAAUCUCCUUGAGAGACUCUCAGUUGGAACUCAGCAGAUCCAAGUGGGGGUGGUCCAAUAUAGCGAUGAGCCCAGAACGCUGUUCUCCUUAAACAGCUAUUCCACCAAGGCUCAGGUUCUGGACGCAGUGAAAGCCCUGGGGUUCAUCGGUGGGGAGUUGGCCAAUGUCGGCCUGGCCCUUGAUUUUGUGCUGGAGAAUCACUUCACCCGGGCAGGGGGCAGCCGAGUGGAGGAAGGGGUUCCCCAGGUGCUGGUCCUCAUAAGUGCUGGGCCUUCUAGUGAUGAAAUCCGAGACGCGGUCAUAGCACUGAAGCAGGCUAGCAUUUUCUCGUUUGGCCUCGGAGCCCAGGCCGCCUCCAAGGCAGAGCUUCAGCACAUAGCUACCAAUGACAACUUGGUGUUUACUGUCCCGGAAUUCCGUAGCUUUGGGCUCGUCCAGGAGCAAUUACUGCCGUACAUUGUUGGCGUGGCCCAAAGGCACAUUGUCUUGCAACCGCCAACCAUUGUCACCCAAGUCAUUGAAAUCAACAAGAGGGACAUAGUUUUCCUGGUGGAUGGCUCUUCUGCACUGGGACUGGUCAGCUUCAAUGCAAUCCGCGACUUCGUUGCCAAGGUCAUCCAGAGGCUGGAGAUCGGACAGGAUUAUAUCCAGGUGGCAGUGGCUCAGUAUGCAGACACAGUGAGGCCGGAGUUUUAUUUCAAUACCUACCCCACCAAGAGGGAGGUCAUAACCGCCGUGAGGAAGAUGAAGUCCAUGGAUGGCUCGGCCUCGUACACAGGCUCUGCUCUGGACUUUGUUCGGAACAACCUGUUCACGGAGACGGCCGGCUAUCGGGCCGCCGAGGGGGUCCCUAAGCUUUUGGUGCUGAUUACAGGUGGUAAGUCCUUAGAUGAAGUCAGCCAGCCUGCCCAGGAGCUGAAGAGAAGCGGCAUCAUGGCCUUUGCCGUCGGGAGCAAGGUGGCCGACCGGGCUGAGCUGGAAGAGAUCGCUUUCGAUUCCUCCCUGGUGUUCAUUCCUGCCGAGUUCCGAGCCGCCCCGUUGCAGGGUGUGCUGCCUGGCUUGCUGGCGCCUCUCAGGACCCUCACUGGAACCACUGAAGUUCACGUAAACAAAAGGGAUAUCAUCUUUCUUUUGGAUGGAUCGUUCAACGUUGGAAAGACCAAUUUCCCUUACGUGCAGGACUUUGUCAUGAAUGUAGUUAACAGCCUUGAUGUUGGAAGCGACAAUAUUCGUGUCGGUUUAGUGCAAUUUAGUGACACUCCGGUGACGGAGUUCUCUCUAAACACCUACCAGACCAAGUCAGAAUUGCUAGCUCACCUGAGGCAGCUGCAGCUCAAGGGGGGUUUGGGCCUGAACACGGGUGCAGCCCUAAGCUAUGUCCAUGACAACCACUUCACCGAAGCUGGCGGCAGCAGGAUCCAGGACCGUGUGCCGCAACUCCUGCUCUUGUUCACAGCCGGGCAGUCUGAGGACUCUUAUUUGCAAGCUGCCAACGCCCUAGCACGCGCAGGCAUCCUGACAUUUUGUGUGGGCACUAGCCAGGCCAAUAAGGCAGAGCUUGAGCAGAUAGCUUUUAACCCGAGCCUGGUGUAUCUCAUGGAUGAUUUCAGCUCCCUGCCUGCUUUGCCUCAGCAGCUGAUUCAGCCCCUAACCACUUAUGUUAGUGGAGGUGUGGAGGAAGUACCACUCGCCCAGCCAGAGAGCAAGCGAGACGUCCUGUUCCUCUUUGAUGGCUCAGCCAAUCUCGUGGGCCAGUUCCCUGCCGUCCGCGACUUCCUCUACAAGGUCAUUGAUGAGCUGGACGUGAAACCUGACAGGACCCGGAUUGCGGUGGCUCAGUACAGCGACGAUGUCAGGGUGGAGUCUCGUUUUGAUGAGCACCAGAACAAGCCCGAGAUCCUGAAUCUCGUGAAGAGAAUGAAGAUCAAGACGGGCAAAGCCCUCAACCUGGGCUAUGCCCUGGACUACGCGCAGAGGUACAUCUUUGUGAAGUCCACUGGAAGCCGGGUCGAGGAUGGAGUGCUUCAGUUCCUGGUGCUGCUGGUGGCAGGAAGGUCAUCCGAUCGUGUGGACGGGCCAGCUCUCAACCUGAAACAGAGCGGUGUGGUGCCCUUCAUCCUCCAGGCCAAGAACGCAGACCCUGCCGAGUUGGAGCAGAUGGUACCAUCCCCUGCCUUCAUCCUGGCUGCAGAGUCUCUUCCCAAGAUUGGAGACCUUCAACCACAGAUUGUAAACCUCUUAAAAUCGGUGCAAAACGGGGCGCCAGCACCAGUUUCAGGUGAGAAGGAUGUGGUGUUUCUGAUCGACGGCUCCGACGGUGUCAGGAAUGGCUUCCCGCUGUUGAAAGAGUUUGUCCAGAGAGUGGUGGAGAGCCUGGACGUGGGUGCGGACCGGGUGCGCGUAGCUGUGGUGCAGUACAGCGACCGGACCAGGCCCGAAUUCUACCUGAAUUCCUACAUGGACCAGCAGAGCGUCGUCAGUGCUAUCCGCGGGCUGACGCUGCUGGGCGGGCCAACUCCCAACACCGGGGCCGCCCUGGACUUCGUCCUGAGGAACAUCCUGAUUGGCUCCGCCGGGAGCCGCAUAGCAGAAGGCAUCCCCCAGCUCCUGGUCGUCCUCGCGGCCGGCAGGUCUGGGGAUGAUGUGAGAGGCCCCUCGGUGGUCUUGAAGAGGGGAGGGGCCGUGCCCAUCGGCAUCGGCAUCGGGAACGCUGACAUCACCGAGAUGCAGACCAUCUCCCUCAUCCCGGACUUCGCGGUGGCCAUUCCCACCUUCCGGCAGCUGGGGACCAUCCAACAGGUCAUCUCCGAAAGGGUGACCCAGCUCAGCCGCGAGGAGCUGAGCAGGUUGCGGGCAUCUGUGGUCCCUGUAACGAGCCCGGGUGUCGGCGGCAAGAGGGACGUGGUCUUCCUCAUCGAUGGGUCCCAAAGCGCCGGCCCCGAGUUUCAGUACAUCCGUACCCUCAUCGAGAGGCUGGUUGACUACCUGGACGUGGGCUUCGACAUGACCCGGGUGGCCGUCAUCCAGUUCAGCGAGGACCCCAGGGUGGAGUUCCUGCUGAACGCCCACUCCAGCAAGGACGAGGUGCAGAACGCGGUGAGGCGGCUGCGGCCCAAGGGCGGGAGGCAGAUCAACAUUGGGGGCGCCCUGGAGUACGUGUCAAAGAAUAUCUUCAAGAGGCCUCUGGGGAGCCGGAUUGAAGAGGGUGUCCCUCAGUUCCUGGUCCUCAUUUCUUCCGGGAAGUCUGAUGAUGAGGUAGACGAAUCGGCAGUAGAGCUCAAGCAGUUCGGUGUGGCGUCACUUACCAUCGCAAGGAACGCAGACCAGGAGCAGUUGCUGAAGAUCUCCCUGAGCCCUGAAUACGUGUUCUCAGUGAGCACCUUCCGGGAGCUGCCCAGCCUGGAGCAGAAACUGCUGACACCCAUCACAACCCUAACCUCCGAGCAGAUUCAGCAGCUCCUGGCCAGCACGCCCUACCUUCCUCCAGCCCUGGAGAGUGAUGCUGCAGACAUCGUCUUCCUAAUUGACAGCUCUGACAGUGUGAGGCCAGAUGGCAUUGCACACAUUCGGGACUUUGUUAGCGGGGUCGUGCGGAGACUUAACAUUGGCCCUAAUAAAGUGAGAAUUGGGGUCGUGCAGUUCAGCAAUGAUGUCUUCCCAGAGUUUUACCUGAAGACCUAUAAAUCCCAGGCCAGCGUGCUGGAUGCCAUACGUCGCUUGAGGUUCAAAGGGGGGUCUCCGCUGAACACUGGCAAAGCUCUGGAAUUCGUGGCAAGGAAUUUCUUUGUCAAGUCUGCCGGGAGCCGGAUAGAAGACGGGGUGCCCCAACACCUGGUUCUGUUUCUGGGUGGCAAAUCCCAGGACGAUAUUUCCAGGUAUUCCCAGGUGAUAAGCUCCUCGGGGAUUGUGAGUUUAGGGAUAGGAGACCGAAACAUCGACAGAACGGAGCUGCAGACCAUCACCAAUGACUCCAGACUAGUCUUCACGGUUCGGGAGUUCAGAGAGCUCCCCAACAUAGAAGAAAGGGUCGUGAACUCCUUUGGACCCUCCAAGGUCACCCCUGCACCUCCAGGAGUGGACAUGCCCUCUCCCUCACGGCCAGAGAAAAAGAAAGCAGACAUCGUGUUCCUGUUGGAUGGUUCCAUCAAUUUCCGGAGGGACAGUUUCCAGGAAGUGCUCCGUUUUGUGUCUGAAAUUGUGGACACGGUUUAUGAAGGGGGAGACUCCAUCCAAGUGGGGCUGGUCCAGUACAACUCUGACCCCACCGACGAAUUCUUCCUGAAGGACUUUUCCACCAAGGAGCAGAUUAUUGAUGCCAUCAACAAGGUGGUCUACAAAGGGGGGAGGCACGCAAACACCAACGUGGGCCUGGAGCACCUGCGGCUGAAUCACUUCAUACCAGAGGCAGGCAGUCGCCUGGAUCAGAGAGUCCCGCAGAUUGCCUUUGUGAUCACCGGAGGAAGGUCGGUGGAGGAUGCCCAGGAGGCGAGCCUGGCACUCACCCAGAGAGGCGUCAAAGUGUUCGCGGUGGGCGUGAAGAACAUCGACUCAGAGGAGGUUGGGAAGAUCGCGUCCAACAGUGCCACGGCGUUCCGAGUGGGGAGCGUCCAGGAGCUGUCGGAAUUGAGCGAGCAGGUUUUGGAAACUCUGCAUGACGCAAUGCAUGAAACCUUAUGUCCUGGUGUGCCUGAUGUUUCCAAAGUCUGUGACCUGGAUGUGAUUCUGGGCUUUGACGGUUCAAGAGAUCAGAACAUAUUUGUGGCUCAGAGGGGCUUUGAGUCCAAGGUGGACACCAUCCUGAAUAGAAUUAGCCAAAUGCAAAGGAUCAGCUGCAGCGGCAGCCAGCCGCCCACGGUGCGGGUGUCCGUGGUGGCCAACGCGCCCUCGGGCCCCGUGGAGGCCUUUGACUUUGCCGAGUACCAGCCAGAGCUGUUUGAGAAGUUCCAGAACAUGCGCACCCAGCACCCCUACGUCCUCACUGCGGACACGCUGAAGCUCUACCAGAACAAGUUCCGGCAGGCCUCGCCAGACAGUGUGAAGGUGGUCAUUCAUUUUACUGAUGGGGUGGAUGGAGAUCUGGCUGAUUUACAAAGAGCAUCGGAGAAACUCCGACAAGAAGGCGUCCGAGCUCUGAUCUUGGUGGGCCUUGAACGUGUCGCCAACUUGGAGCAGCUGAUGCAGCUGGAGUUUGGGCGAGGAUUCACGUACAACCGGCCCCUGAGACUGAACUUGCUGGACCUAGACUAUGAACUAGCGGAGCAACUUGACAACAUUGCCGAGAAAGCCUGCUGUGGGGUUCCCUGCAAAUGCUCUGGACAAAGAGGAGACCGAGGGCCCAUUGGCAGCAUUGGGCCGAAGGGUAUUCCUGGAGAGGAUGGCUAUCGAGGUUAUCCUGGUGACGAGGGUGGACCUGGUGAGCGCGGCCCGCCUGGUGUGAACGGCACUCAAGGUUUCCAGGGCUGCCCCGGGCAGAGGGGCAUAAAGGGCUCUCGUGGAUUCCCAGGAGAGAAGGGUGAAUUAGGAGAAAUUGGACUGGAUGGUCUUGACGGUGAAGAUGGAGACAAAGGAUUGCCUGGUAUUUCUGGAGAGAAAGGGAAUGCAGGAAGAAGGGGUGACAAAGGACCCAAAGGAGACAAAGGAGAAAGAGGGGAUGUUGGGAUCAGAGGUGAUCCGGGUAACUCAGGACAGGACAGCCAGCAGAGAGGACCCAAAGGAGAAACCGGAGACAUCGGCCCCAUGGGUCUCCCUGGGACAGAUGGGGUGUCUGGCGCGCCUGGAGAACCUGGGAAAAGCGGCGGCUUUGGCCGAAGGGGACCAGCAGGGGCUAAGGGCAACAAGGGCGGUCCCGGCCAGCAGGGCUCUGUGGGAGAGCAGGGGACCAGAGGUGCACAGGGUCCUCCUGGUCCCAUCGGUCCUCCAGGCCUGAUCGGUGAACAAGGCAUUCUCGGACCUCGGGGAAGCGGGGGGACCUCAGGUGUUCCUGGAGAACGUGGCAGAACCGGGCCCCUGGGAAGAAAGGGCGAGCCCGGAGAUCCAGGACCCAAAGGAAGCAUCGGGAACCGGGGUCCUCGUGGGGAGACGGGAGAUGACGGACGAGAUGGAGUUGGCAGUGAAGGACGCAGAGGCAAAAAAGGAGAAAGAGGAUUUCCCGGGUACCCAGGACCAAAGGGCAAUCCUGGUGAGCCGGGGACAGACGGAGCCCUGGGACCCAAAGGCAUCAGAGGCCGAAGGGGAAAUUCAGGACCUCCAGGGAUAGCUGGACAGAAGGGAGACCCUGGUUACGCAGGACCAUCUGGUUACAAAGGCAGCAGAGGUGACUCGAUGGACCAAUGUGCCCUGGUCCAGAGCAUCAAAGAUAAAUGUCCUUGCUGCUACGGGCCCCUGGAAUGCCCUGUCUUCCCGACGGAGCUGGCCUUCGCCUUGGACACCUCUGAGGGAGUCACCCAGGAUGCAUUCAGCCGGAUGAGGGAUGUGGUCCUGAAUAUCGUGGAUGACCUGACCAUCGCCGAGAGCAACUGCCCGCGGGGCGCCCGCGUGGCCGUGGUCACCUACAACAAUGAGGUCACCACGGAGAUCCGCUUUGCUGACUCCAAGAAGAAGUCCAUUCUCCAGGACAAGAUCAAGAACCUUCAGGUGGCUCUGACGUCCAAGCAGCAGAGUCUGGAAACUGCCAUGUCCUUCGUGGCCAGAAACACGUUUAAGCGGGUGCGGAAUGGAUUCCUGAUGAGGAAGGUGGCGGUUUUCUUCAGCAAUAAACCCACGAGGGAGUCCCCGCAGCUCAGGGAGGCCGUGCUCAAGCUCUCGGAUGCUGGGAUCACACCAUUGUUCCUCACGAGCCAGGAGGACCGGCAGCUGGUCAACGCCCUGCAGAUCAAUAACACAGCGGUGGGUCAUGCCCUCGUCCUACCAGCUAGUGGAGACCUCACGGACUUCUUGGAGAAAGUCCUGACGUGUCACGUCUGCUUGGACAUCUGCAACAUCGACCCAUCCUGUGGAUUUGGCAACUGGAGGCCUUCCUUCAGGGACCGGAGAGCAGCAGGCAGCGACGUGGAUAUCGACAUGGCUUUCAUCUUAGAUAGCUCCGAGUCCACCACUCCGUUCCAGUUCAAUGAGAUGAGGAAGUACAUACAGUACCUGGUCCAACAGCUGGACAUGAGCCCGGACCCCAAGGCCUCCCAGCACUUCGCCAGAGUGGCGGUCGUGCAGCAGGCACCCUAUGAGUCCGUGGGCAACGCCAGCAUGCCGCCCGUGAAGGUGGAAUUCUCCCUGACUGACUACGGCUCCAAGGAGAAGCUCCUGGCCUUCCUCGGCAGCAGGAUGGCACAGCUCCAGGGGACCAGGGCUUUGGGCAGCGCCAUCGACUAUACCAUUGAGAACAUCUUUGAAAGUGCACCCAACCCACGGGACCUGAAGCUCGUGGUCCUGAUGCUGACGGGCGAGGUGCAGAACCAGCAGCUGCAGGAGGCCCAGAGAGCCAUCCUGCAGGCCAAAUGCAAGGGUUACUUCUUCGUGAUCCUGGGCAUUGGUAGGAAGGUGAACGUCAAGGAGCUGUACAGCUUCGCCAGUGAACCAAACGACAUCUUCUUCAAACUCAUGGACAAGUCUACUGAGCUCAACGAAGAGCCUCUGAUGCGCUUCGGGAGGCUGUUGCCAUCCUUCAUCAGCAGUAAAGAUGCUUUUUACCUGUCCCCAGAUAUCAGGAAACAGUGUGAUUGGUUCCAAGGGGACCAACCGGCAAAGAAUCUUGUGCAGUUUGGUUACAAACAAAUAAAUGUUCCGAAUAAUGUUACUUCAAGUCCUACAUCUAAACCAGUGACCACAGCAAAGCCAGUGACCACCACCACCAAACCAAUAACACCCUUGGCCAAGCCAGUGGCCACCAAGCCCGAGGUCGCCAAGCCUGUGACCACCAAGCUUGUGGCCACCAAGCCCGAGGCCACCAAGCCCGAAGUUGCCAAGCCUGUGGCCACCAAGCCUGAGGCCACCAAGCCGGAGGUUUCGAAGACAGCCACAGUCAGACCCGCACUGGCCGCGAGGCCCGCAGCAGCAAAGCCGGCCCCUGCCAGACCCCCUGCUGCUGCCAAACCCAUGGCCGCAAAGCCCGAGGCCCCCAGGCCCCAGGCAGCCAAACUGGCCGCCACCAGGCCAGCCACUGCUAAGCCCAUGGUUAAGGCACCCCGAGAGGUCCACGCGUCUGAAAUCACAGAGAACAGCGUCAAACUCCACUGGGAGAGGCCCGAGCCCCCCAGCCCUUAUUUAUACAACCUCACCAUCACCUCGGCCCACGAUCAGUCCCCGGUUCUGAAGCAGAACCUCACGGUCACAGACCACGUCAUCGGGGGCCUGCUCCCUGGGCAGACGUACCAUGUCACGGUGAUCUGUUACCUAAGGUCUCAGGUCAGAGCCAUCUACCAAGGCAGUUUCAGUACAAAGAAAAUUCAGCCUCCAUCUCCGCAAAUGGCGAGGUCAGCUUCUAGUUCAACCAUCAAUCUAGUGGUGACCGCAGAACGGCUGGCUGGGAGUAAAACAGAUAUAUGUAAGUUGCCAAAAGAAGAAGGAACUUGCAGGGACUUUAUAUUGAAAUGGUACUAUGACUCCGUUACUGAAAGCUGCGCCAGGUUCUGGUAUGGAGGCUGUGGUGGAAAUGAAAACAGAUUUGAUUCGCAGGAUGAAUGUGAAAAGGUUUGCCCUCCUGUGCUCAUCAAGCCCGGAGUCAUUGCUGCGAUUGGGACCUAAGCGCGGCCGACCAGUGACACAUACCUCUUGAAGAAGAAGGAGUCCGCCAUCGCCAGUCGUCUUUGUAGAAGCUCUGUGUAUCGAUUCCCUUGCACUGUACCAUUUCAUGCUUUGAUUUACACUCGAACUUGGGAGGAAACGUCUGCUGCAUGACCUAUCAAUAUGGUGCUAAAUGUGUCUGUGGAGUCAACCCUCUUUGUCUCCGGGCAAUUACAUUGUAUACUUUGAACGUUGUGUAAUAGUUAUCCACUGCUGGUGUUUAUGUGAACAUUCCUAUAAAUUCAAAUUCCCUCUGGAGUUUCACGUUAUGCCUGUUACAGGCAAGUGUAAGAUCUAGAAAAUAACCCCCAAUUUCACAGCUACUCUAUAUACUUCUGCUUGGUUCAUUUUUUUCCCCUCUUAAUUAAGCAUGACUUUAGAUGGAAAGCCUGUGUAUGGAGAAAAAACAAGAGUCUAACUUUUCCAUUUCCCCCCCAGUUUCCUGGAUUAGAUUUUGAGCGACUUUCCUUUUUCUAGAGCUUCUAACAAACAAUGUAGUUAGAGGGAAGCAAAACCCCCUAAUCUUUGUGCACUGUU